GUGAUGGCGCAUCUUGAACUCUUUGCUUACCAACGUAAUCUACUAUAUUUUUACUUUGCUCUUGAAUUUUUUACCGCAAUAUAGCGAUGUGUUAGUCGCUUGCAAAGAGCUUAAUAUUUAAAAUAUUUCAUUGAAAAAGACGCUUUCUCGGUUGAGCAACUCAAAGGACCCUGUCAUGUGGAAGUGUCACAAAUGCGGCAAGCCCGUUUAUUUUGCGGAGCGAAAACAAUCGCUGGGCUAUGACUGGCAUCCAGAAUGUCUGAGAUGUGAAGAGUGUGGUAAACGUCUGAAUCCUGGGCAGCAUGCAGAGCACAAGGGGGUUCCAUACUGUCAUGUGCCAUGUUAUGGGGCACUUUUUGGUCCUCAGCUUUUUGGACAUGGUACAAGAGUUGAAUCUCAUACCAGUUUUGGUAAAAAGGAAUCUCGUUCUUCAUUGCCAAGAUCCCACUUAGAAUCGAAACUGAAGGUUUUUAACCAGUAUUACGAAGGCAAAAGUGGUGGUAUCAGAAGUAGAGAGGUCAAUGGCAGACUAAUUUUGGAAGGAGCUUUAAGAAUACAUUGGGGCGUGCGUGGAAUUAUACAUUUGAAGGAAGAUGAUGACCAGAGAACUGUUGUCACAGCUAGACAUAGAAACUCUUGCAGAAGAAGCUAUAUUGAUAAAGUAGAAUAUGAAGAAUUAAAGGAUGAGGAAUGUAAAAGUCUUCCUGAUUGUCAAUUAGAUAAUGAAAUUAAUUCAGUCCCACCGUCACCUGAUCACAUAAAAAGCCUUACACUGCCAAUGAAACUUGACGUAAAAAAUAUAGAGUGGGAUGAAGAGGAUGAAAUGGGACGAAAAGUUGAGGACAGCGAGAAACAGUAUCAAACUUUGCCUAAAAAUUUUCUAUCAGACAGUUUACAUUCCAUAACCGAUACCGCGACGACGUCAACUAAUCAUUCAACUACGGCCACUUCUGAACCAAACAGCCCUGAUACAGAUACCAGCAACAGUAUAAUUAAAGAUAGCAGCGUCAGUAGUACACCAACUCAUAGUAUAAGCAGCUCUUCGACUACCGACACGCCGACUUAUAAAGAUGAUUCAAACAAAAAUGGUGCUUUACGCAGAGUAGAGUAUUUUGACAGUUUAGAUAAAAGUACUACAGCAAGUAGUCAGUCAAUUAGUGAUGAAGAUAGUUGGGUUGAGAAAGGCUUGAAUCGUUCUAUGUCCGGGCCUGAUUGUCUGCAGAGGCAUAGAACUGAUAGUGACACAGAUUCUGUAAAUUCAUUGCAUUUCCGUGAUGAUGACAUGACAAUGUCAACUGACAGUGGCUUAGAGUUGGAUGGUGUAGUUCUCCGUCGAAAGCAAGGCUCAACAGCAAUCAAACGACGGCCAGGAGCAAGACGUCAAUCCCGCAAUCGUCUUAGAAGACGAUGCUCGAUCAAUGGACAUUUUUACAAUCGCGAGACUAGUUUUUUUACUCCACCUCAUGGUUCGCAAAUGUCAGUCUGGGUGACAAGUCUCGUAAGUACUCAAGAGGUGAUAAAUCUCAUGCUUGACAAGUACAAAGUUGAUGCCAAGUCCGACAAUUUUGCACUCUUCGUUGUUCGAGAUAAUGGAGAGCAGCGUAAAUUAAGGGAUGACGAGUAUCCCUUGGAAGUACGAGUGGUUCUCGGUCCACACGAGAACAUUGCUCGGCUAUUCUUGGUUGACAAAUUCACGACUCCAGAAAUCAGUUCUGACGUCGCUCAAUUUCUCAAUUUAUCUUUGGCCGAGUGUCAAAACAUUUUGCAGCGUUAUCAUUACGAGGAGGAGCGUCAAAUGCUCAUGCUGAAAGAAAAAUAUAAGGAGAUGCGUCGCAGAAUAAAGCAACGCAUGGAAGAGCUGAAAGUCCGUUUAUGAAAUGCAGAGUAAUUAUA